GGGGACGGACGGGACGGCGGCGGGCAAGGCCAACGGGCAGGCGGAGAGAUGGCGACGGGCGCAGACGUGCGGGACAUCCUGGAGCUGGGCGGCGUAGAGUCGGAGAACACGGGCACCAUCAACAAAAAGGAUAUCAUCAACUCGGAUAAGAAAAAAUCCAAGAAAUCUUCAGAGACAUUGACGUUCAAGAGGCCGGAAGGAAUGCACCGAGAAGUUUAUGCACUCCUCUACUCUGACAAAAAGGAUGCACCUCCGCUGCUGCCAAGUGAUACAACUCAGGGUUAUCGAACAGUCAAAGCAAAACUGGGGUCCAAGAAAGUCCGGCCUUGGAAGUGGAUGCCUUUCACCAACCCAGCGAGAAAAGAUGGAGCGAUGUUCUACCACUGGAGGAGAGCAGCAGAGGAAGGAAAGGACUACCCUUUUGCCAGGUUUAAUAAAACAGUGCAGGUACCUGUCUACUCGGAGCAGGAGUAUCAGAUGUAUCUCCAUGAUGAUGCGUGGACCAAAGCUGAGACAGACCACCUCUUUGACCUGGCUCGGCGUUUUGAUCUGCGCUUUGUGGUGAUUCAUGACCGCUAUGAUCACCAGCAGUUCAAGAAAAGAUCAGUGGAGGACCUGAAGGAACGAUAUUACCACAUCUGUGCCAAGCUGGCUAAUAUUCGUGCAGCUCCGGGCACAGACCUGAAAAUCCCAGUCUUCGAUGCUGGCCAUGAGAGACGAAGGAAGGAACAACUGGAAAGGCUGUACAAUAGGACACCAGAGCAGGUGGCAGAAGAAGAAUACCUCAUUCAGGAGCUCCGCAAAAUCGAAACCAGGAAGAAAGAGAGAGAAAAGAGAACCCAAGACCUGCAGAAACUCAUCACAGCUGCUGACACCACCACUGAGCAGAGACGUGCCGAGCGCAAGGCUCCCAAGAAGAAGCUGCCACAGAAAAAGGAGACAGAGAAGCCUGCUGUUCCUGAGACUGCUGGCAUCAAGUUUCCUGACUUCAAAUCUGCAGGUGUCACGCUGCGAAGCCAGAGGAUGAAACUGCCAAGCUCGGUGGGACAGAAGAAGAUUAAAGCCCUGGAGCAGAUGCUGAUGGAACUUGGAGUAGAUCUCAACCCUAUGCCCACAGAGGAGAUUGUGCAGAUGUUCAACGAGCUGCGGAGCGACCUGGUGCUGCUGUAUGAGCUGAAGCAAGCCUUUGCCAACUGCGAAUAUGAGCUGCAGAUGUUACGGCACCGCUAUGAGGCCCUGGCCAAAGCUGGUAGUAUCGGCCCCCUCAGUGCGGAAGGCGCCCAUCCGGAUGGCCAGACAGGGCUCGGCAUUGAGGAGGGCAAGGGAGAUGCCAAGGACCAGAUUAUUGAUGUAGUAGGAGCACCGCUGACCCCCAAUUCGGUGAGAAGGAAGGUUGGGGGGGCAGAACAGGGAGCACUCAGGUCUCCGACGCAGAUGCCCUGACAAGCACUGGGGAUGCUGCCCUGCUCUCCCUCCAGGCGUGCGCAUCCAAGGGAGCACAGCACGCCUGUUCCCCCCAAGUCCCAGUGCUGCUCUCUGGGCUUCUCUCCUGUGCUGGACAGUGUUCUUGGUGCUAUAGGUGGGGUCAGCAGGGCUUUCUACAUCCUGCAUGCAGGCAGAUGGCUUGACGUGGGUGCCACCGUGGACCAAAGCAGCAAGGCUUUGGGUGACGAGAGCUUGCACUAGGGCAGCAACAGUGAUGCCAGUACAGCUGCAGGCCUGAGGCAUUUUCCUUCUAGAUACAGCCCCGUAAGGGUUGCUCAGCAGAGGGAAGCGAGUGGGGAAAGCAGUCUUGAGAUAAUGAGCCAUGACCUGCCCAAGUUCCUGGAGUCAAGCAGUAGCCCUGCCUGGAGCAGGAGGCUUGGGAAGGAGAGAGGUGUUUGAAGAGCAAAGGGGUGUUUUUAUACCCUACUUCCAGUGCCAAGAAAGGAAAGCCAGACCUAGGGGUUCUUCCAUGGCGAGCCCUCUGACAAUGUCCUGUGCAUGUACCUCUGCAGGAUGCGAAUCACCAGCCUCUCCUCCCUGCCUCCAUGAGGGCAGGCCGCCCAGCCCCUCACCACUGCCUCAGGGCCAAGGGUAUGCCUGGGGAUCAGCUGAGGUUGCUUUCCCCUCUGUGCAGUCCCCUGGCACAGCUGAGCUGAACUGCCUGGUAAAAGCUGCCCGUCUCCACAUAGUGGCAUCCCCGACGCCUCAGACAUACUGCCCCUGGUAGCGGCACAGACCUUUACUUUCUAAAAUGUAUAAUGUAUUGCAGGAUAUUGAGAACACCUUAUCUGUCAACGGCAGAGGCGACACGUUAAUCUGGACUUGAGUAAUGUCCUAUUUGAUUGUGACAAUAUGGAGUCGUAAGGAAGCGUUCCACUGAGACAGGUUCAUGUUUGCAAAGGAGUCUUCUGAAUUUUUUUUUCCCCUACUGCAUUCAGUCUGAGACCUCACCCCUCCCUGCGGUCCGGGGUGUCCUGGUUUGCAAACUUUGCGGGCUGAUUCAUAACACACUUGCUCUCCCUUGAGACUUUGCUUGUUGGGAAGGUGGGAGAGGUGGUGGUGGUGGUGGUGGUGGCGGCCAUGGCUGCAGGAGGAGGGAGCCCAUGUGUGUGUUUCUGACCACGUUGUUCCUCAGAGCCACCUCCUAGAAUUGGAAACAAAGGAGUGGGCCCAGGCAGCACGGAGAGGGUUAAACUGACCUGGUCUCUGACAUAUUUGAAAGAAAUAUAAUCAAGUUAAUUCACUGCAAGGCAAAUUCAGUACCUAAAGGGCCCCCAUGUUAAAUACAGCACUGACCUUUACCGGCUGAUUACACAAAGACGACACAAUUAGAUUAGUCCAAGACAAAAGGUCAAGCACAUUCACACUGUGACCAUUUUAUGCUACCU